GCAGAGCUGAGCUGCCCGAAGGAGGCGUCCAGGAGAAGCAGGAAUGGCCCCCGUGUGCCCGACCUCUCGGGCCCACCAGGAGUUAGUGACGUUCAAGGAUGUGGCCGUGGACUUUACCCAGGAGGAGUGGAAGUGCCUGGCCCCUUCUCAGAAGGAGCUGUAUCGGGAGGUGAUGUUGGAGAACUAUAGGAACUUGGUGUGCUUGGGACUUGCAGUUUCCAAACCAGAGGUGAUCAACCAGCUGGAACGAGGGGAAACACCAUGGAGGCCCGAGGGAGAUGGCUGGGGGAACAGCCUCCAUCCUGGUUGGAAAUCUGUGUUUGAAACCAAGCUAUCGAUUCUAAAACCAGAACGGUCCUGUCAGGAAAGACUCAAAAAAGAUGGUCUUCGUGUCUCUAAUUUGGAGGAAACUUUGAAAUAUGACUCUUCAACAGAAAAACAGCAGAGAAAUCACAGCCAACGAGUAAAAACUAUUCAGAAGAAACCUUCCCAUAAUAAAUGUAAUAGAAAUAUCAGCCUACAACCAUUCUCUCUUCCCCAAGAGAAAGUAUCUGUUGAAAAGGAUUUCUGUAAAUGUGAUACUCACAGAGAGAACUUUCGAUUAUAUACACAUCUGUUGAAGUGUAAUAAGAUGUAUCCAAAGAAGGUAUUUUCUAUGUGUACCGAAUGUGGGAAAUCCUUCAGGUAUAAUUUAGGCCCUAUCGAAAAUCAAAAAACAGGUACUAAAACAAAAGAAUAUAAAUGUAACGAAUGUGAGAAGGCCUUCUGCUGGAAGUCACAGCUUAUUAAACACCAAGCGAUCCAUACUGGAGAGAAGCCUUAUGUAUGUCAGGAAUGUGGGAAGGCCUUCCGACAGAGCUCACACCUUACUCAACAUAAGACAAUUCAUACUGGAGAGAAACCUUAUGAAUGUGAUGGAUGUGGGAAAACAUUUCGCCAGAGGAAGGGACUUACCGAACAUCAGAAGAUUCACACUGGAGAGAAACCAUACGAGUGUAACGAAUGUGGGAAAGCUUUUCGUCAGAGGAAGGGACUUACCGAACAUCAGAAGAUUCACACUGGAGAGAAACCGUAUGUAUGUAACGAAUGUGGGAAGGCCUUUAGCCAGAGGACAGAUUUUAUUCGACAUCAAAGAAUUCAUACCGGAGAGAAGCCUUACAAGUGCAAUGAAUGUGGUAAAGCCUUCUCGCAGCGGAAAGGACUUACUGAACAUAAUAAGAUUCAUACUGGAGAGAAACCUUAUGACUGUAAUGAAUGUGGGAAAGCUUUUAGUCAGAGGACAGAUCUUGUUCGACAUCAAAGAAUUCACACCGGAGAGAAGCCUUACAAGUGCAAUGAAUGCGGCAAAGCCUUCUCCCAGAGGACAGGACUUACUGACCAUCAGAACAUUCACACUGGAGAGAAAGUUUAUAAGUGUGAUGAAUGUGGGAAGUGCUUCCGCCAGAACAGAGGACUUGUUGAACAUCGAAAAAUUCAUAGUGGGAAAAAAGUUUGUGGACGUAAUUAGCAUUGGAAGUAAGAGUUUACUCAAUUCUAGAAAAUUCACACUAGAGAGAAAUCUUAUGAAUGCAGAGGAUUCAUUCAACAACAGGAAAUUCAUACAAGAGAAAAACCAUAGAGAUGUCAUGAUCUGGGGUGACCUUCUGCUAGUGCAUACAAUCUGGCCAACUUCAGAGACCUCUAGCCAACAUCUCUCCUUCCAGUCACCCGAGGUUCCUUAUAGUCCUUCCACGUGACAUUCCAUCUCCCAUUCCAUGAAUAUGCAGAGCCUGUAAUGCUUUCCUUAUAAUCCCCAGCUGUUAUUGGCUCCUGCCUGCCCUAAGAAAUUUGUAUUUUGCUCAUUUUUUUAGACUUCACAUACACAUAUUGCUUUCCCCCAGUAGCAGAAAGUGGCUAUGUGGCAGGAAUUGCCCUAUUUUUGUCUAUAUCCUU